AUGGAGAAAUAUAUUGAUGAGGCUGCGGUCAGCAACCAGAACAGUGGCAGUAAUAGCGAUGUCGACGCUAUUGAGGUUGACUGGACUGAGGAAGAGGAGAAGAGACUGGUCCGAAAGAUCGAUCGAACAGUCAUGCCACUUCUGAUCCUUGGAUUCUUUGCCCUUCAGCUAGACCGAGGAAACAUUGGAAAUGCGCUUACAGACUUCUUCUUUGAGGAUGUGGGCAUUACACAGAACCAGUUCAACGUGGGCCAGCAACUCCUAUCCCUGGGGAUCGUUCUUCUAGAAAUUCCCAGCAACAUUAUUCUCUACCGUCUUGGACCAUCCAAGUGGAUCGGCUCCCAGAUUUUGGCAUGGGGCCUCGUCGCCACAUUUCAGGCUUUUCAGAAGGGACUCGCCGCGUUUCUCUCGACUCGGCUUCUCCUUGGUCUCUGCGAGGCUGGUUUUAUCCCUGCUGGUCUGUACACUAUCACUCGAUGGUACAAGAAGGAUGAGACUAGCAAGCGAUUCUCUUGGUACUUUCUCGGUAACAUGAUUGCUUCGGCUUCUUCUGGCCUCAUCGCGUAUGGCAUUCUGCAUAUGAGAGGCAUUGCCGGGCUUGCGGGUUGGCAAUGGCUGUUUAUUCUCGAGGGCAUUUUCACCAUCCUUACGGGACUCAUCUUCCUAUCCCUCUUCCCAGAUACCACCCACAACCCCGUCUCUCUCCUCAAGAUCCGUCUCUUCACAGAAGAUGAGGCGCGCAUCCUUACCAAGAGAAUCUUGCUUGACGACCCGUCCAAGAUCCACGUCAAGCCUCAGAUCACAAAGCAAGAGUUCAAGAAUGUGUUGACCAACUGGAAACUCAUUCCUCACGUCAUUCUCACCAUCGCGGGUCUUGCGCCAGCCAGCACUAUGGGCUCUUACUCGCCUACUCUUGUCAGGUCUUUCGGAUAUGAGAGACUCAAGUCCAACGCUCUGGUCUCCAUUGGUGGUUGGAUCCUCAUCAUUAGCAAUCUUCUUUGGGGUUACCUAGGUGACAAGCUUCGGAUGCGUGGUCCCCUGGUGACGCUUGGCAUUUUUAUUUUCUGGGCCUUUGCGAUCGGAGAUCGUCUUCUCAUCAAGUCAACCGACGGACACAAGAGAUUCGCUCUCCUGACUUGCACCCUCAGCUUCGGCUGGCAAUGGCACCCUCUCAACGGCUCCUGGAUGGCCCUCAACGCCGGAACCGCAGGCGAACGCUCCAUCACCAUGGCCAUCCUCAUCAUGUCGGCCAACGCAUCCGGAAUCAUCGGAAGUCAGCUGUUCCAGCAAAAGGAUGCACCCUUGUAUGAGACUGGUUGGACUGCGAUUGUGGCGAUUGUGUCUGUUGGUUUGGUUGCGUCUGUUGUUGCCAACUUGCAGUACUAUUUCCUCAAUGGUCGACGAAUUGGUCGUGGGGGGUUGAAGUACAGCCCUUGA